UACAACAAAACAGAUGUGUAUUGUCUAAGCCUGCGACAAGUCGGUCUCUUGUUGUUUCUUAAUUUCUUGUUUACGCUGGCUUAGCGUUUAUUCUUAAAGAGAAUAAUACAAAUCCCACUUUUGGAUAUAUCUCGACAGAUUCAAGUGGACUGAUAAAAUUGUGUUAGGAACCGAUAAUACUUACGUUUAGUCAGUUGGUUUGUAUGAGAGCACCAUGAAGCUGGCUGUGUUGCUAUGUUCUGCGCUGGCUGUAUGUCAUGGCGCUGAAGUUAAGCAAAGCAGAAAGUUCCCGAACUACUUCGUCUUCGGAGUCGGUACAGCUGCAUAUCAGAUUGAGGGAGCUUGGAAUGAAGAUGGUAAAGGAGAAAAUAUUUGGGACUAUCUGACUCAUACCAACCCUUCAGCAAUCGUAGACCAGAGCAAUGGGGACAUAGCCUGCGACAGCUACCACAACUAUAAGCGCGACAUUGAAAUGUUGCGAGAACUCGGGGUCAGCGUCUACCGCUUCUCCGUAUCCUGGUCUAGGAUACUACCCGAAGGGCUCUCGUACUAUAUCAAUGAAGCUGGAAUAACCUACUACAAUAAUCUUAUCGACGAAUUGCUAAAAUACAACAUUCAACCCAUGAUAACAAUUUACCAUUGGGACCUACCGCAAAGACUGCAAGAAUUAGGAGGCUUCAUGAAUCCUCUCAUAGCCGACUGGUUUGAAGACUACGCUCGAAUAGUUUUCAAAACCUUUGGCGAUAGAGUAAAGUUCUUUGCCACUUUCAACGAACCUUCCGAAAUUUGCAGCGGAUACGGGUCACUAGGAAAGGCCCCGAUGUUAAAUGAGACUGGUUUUGGCGACUACCUUUGUGCUAGGAACCUUCUAUUGGCUCAUGCUAAAGCGUACCAUCUUUAUAAUGAUGAAUUUAGGCCGACUCAAGGUGGAGUCAUUGGUUUUAUACUGGCUGUAUCAUCUACCGAACCUUUGACGGAUUCAGAAGAAGAUAAGUUUGCCGUCGAAUUGUAUUCUCAAGCUACGUGGGGAAUAUACACGGAUCCAAUUUACUCAAAAGAAGGAGGGUUUCCAAAAGAGCUGGUAGAACGAGUGGCCGCAAAGUCUGCAGCUCAGGGCUAUUCCAGGUCUCGUCUGCCAGAUUUUUCGGAGGAAGAAAAGGCAUUUAUUCUCGGCACUAGCGACUUCUUUGGCGUCAACCACUACAGCGGCAGUUACGUUUCCCAGACAUUGUAUACGUCACAGCAUGCUAUCCCUUCAGCAUUAGAUGAUAUUGAAAUGGGAACAUAUGCUCCAGAUGAAUGGCUGCAGUCUGCUUCGUCGUGGUUCCAAUUAAUGCCGAACAGUGUCCACAUUUUCUUGAAACUUAUAAAUGCGAGAUACCCAGGAGUGCGCAUAUACAUUACUGAGAACGGAUGGUCGAGUCGCGAAGGCAUCGUGGACGAAGACAGAGUUAAUUACUACAGGUCUGCGCUAGAGGGCGUGCUGGACGCGCUGGAUGAGGGCAUCAACGUGCAUGGCUAUCUUGCGUGGAGUUUGAUGGAUAACUUUGAAUGGAUGGCGGGAUACUCAGAACGUUUUGGAUUAUAUGAAGUCGACUUCAAUGACCCUAACCGCACUCGCACGCCAAGAAAGUCAGCAUUUAUCUAUAAGAAUAUUAUGAAAACGCGAAUGGUCGACCAUGACUAUGAACCAGAGAGCUACGUCAUGACCAUAGACGAGGGACAUUAAUACCUGACAAGAAAAUCUGUGAAAAUGAAAAUAGAAUAUGUUGUUAUUUAUGUGUGUAUAAUAAUUUGAACCUUUAUAAACAUAUCCAGGCAUAUAAUAAAACCAAUAAAAGUU